UUGGAGAGAUUUAUAGAAACUAAAUAUAAGGAGCGUGGAGCCCGUUAUACACUUCUUAUGCUGAGCAAGGAACAAAAAAAAAUUGGAGUUAUCGCAGCAUCAGCAGGAAAUCACGCUCAGGCGCUGGCUUACCAUGGAGGUCAACUGAAUAUUCCUGUGACGGUAGUAAUGCCAAUAGUUGCUCCUAUUAUGAAGGUAGAGAACUGUAAACGGUAUGGAGCUAGUGUAGUUAUCCAUGGAUCUGAUCUAGGAGAAUCUAAAUCCCAUGCUCUGAGACUAGCCAAGAAAUAUGGAUUUCUUUAUAUCAAUGGAUACGAUCAUCCACAAAUACUUGCAGGACAAGGAACUAUGGGACUAGAGAUACUAGAUCAGGUUCCAGAACUUGAUGCUGUUGUAGUUCCUAUAGGGGGAGGUGGACUUAUAGCAGGUGCUGCGCUGGCCAUAAAGACGAUGAAACCUGAAGUUCUUAUAAUUGGAGUUGAGCCGGAGAACUGUACUAGCUUCAGCACUGCUAUGAAGGCUGGUAAACCAGUGGCUACCAUGACUUCUCCAAGUUUAGCUGAUGGUUUAACUGUUCCAACUGUUGGAGUUAACGCUUUCGCUACAGGAGCUCCUCUUAUAGAUAAGAUUGUAACAGUAUCUGAAGCCUGGAUAGCUAUUGCUAUCCUACGUCUGAUUGAGAAUGAGAAAGCUGUUGUUGAAGGAGCUGGAGCUACUGGUCUAGCAGCUAUACUAGCCGGCCUUCUACCAGAACUAAAGGGGAAAAAAGUUGUUCUACCGAUCUGUGGGGGAAAUAUCGAUACAACCCUACUAGGAAGAUGCUUGGAGAGAGGUCUAGCAGCUGAUGGCAGGCUGGUCACCUUUAACGUAACAGUUAGUGACAGACCUGGAGGUAUAGCUGAGCUGACCCGUGUAAUCUCUAACCUAGGAGUAUCUGUCAAGGAUAUUGUUCAUGAGAGAGCCUGGGUCAGACAGAAUGCAUUUGCAGUCGGGGUUCGUAUCCUGGCAGAAACCCGUAAUAGGAAACAUAGUAGAGAACUCUUCAAAAUACUCAGAGAAAGCUAUGAGGAAGUCCGGGUGGAUGGAUUUUAUGAAACUCCACAGGAUUAUGUUUCUGGAAAUUUAAACAGAUCACUUGGUUAUAUGUCUUUAAUGAAUACAAGAGGAAUACUGGGUAAAGGAUUUCUUCCGAAAAAUUGUGAGAAAUUUGAAAGUUUGGAGGAUGAAACUCCUUUUGAGGGAGAGAUGAAUAUACAGAGGAGAGUCUACGAAAGAUGUUGGCUCGUCAGAAACUCACCAACGGAAAUAGAUAGAUAG